CAAGAGCUUGACCAAACCAUAUAUUUUUUCUAUUUCUUUCUUUUCUUUCUUUUCUUAUUUUUUUACACCAACAGCUGGCCAUCAGUGUCAGUGGCACUAUGUGGGACUUCACAGUGGUGACACUGGUGCUGUCUACCUUCUUUGUUUUGUCCCUUGCACAAGGACCGAUCUGGGACAGCUCAAGUCUUCGGAGGUUAAACCAAACAGACAGGAACAGAAAGCAGUCUUACAACAGCCUCUUCGAACCACAGACCACAGGUGUGACGGAGUGGACAUCCUGGUUCAACAUUGACCAUCCGGGAGGAAACGGCGACUACGAGAGGUUAGAAGCCAUUCGCUUCUACUAUCGGGAAAGAGUCUGCUCUCGACCUGUUGCCAUGGAGGCUCGUACCACAGACUGGGUAUCAGCUGCGGAUACAGGAGAGGUGGUACAUUCCAGCCUGGAGAAGGGCUUCUGGUGCAUCAAUAAGGAGCAGCCAUAUGGCCGCAGUUGUUCCAAUUACCAUGUGCGAUUCCAGUGUCCACCAGUUCACUCAUUCUGGACCGACUGGAGCACAUGGGCGCCUUGCUCUGCCACCGCCUGUAAUGAUGUUGGCAUUCAAGUCCGUCAGAGGAAGUGCAUGAGCACACAACCUCUGCCUUUGCUACUUUCGCCUGUCUGUGUGGGGCCUCACAUAGAAAGGAGAGAGUGUUCGACACCGCCAUGUCAAGCUAUGUGGAGUCAGUGGGGUUUGUGGAGCGCUUGCUCAGUGACCUGUGGUAAGGGUCGUAAGACAAGAAGAAGGACCUGUCACAGAACCUCAUCUAAGAUUCAGUGUAUAGGACGACCCAUAGAGGUCCAGAAGUGUGGAGAUGCAUGUCCAGUGUUGUGCAAGCGCAUCUGUCCAGGGGGACGUCCCAGUGAAGACUGCAACUACUGUAUCUGUGAGGGAGAGACACUACACGGGGAGGUCUUGAGCGUUACAGGUGUGCCAGUGGCUGGUGCUACAGUGGCUCUGGCUAGCCAACCCAAGAUCAACCGUGCCCAAACUGAUGCUAAGGGUCGAUUCAAGAUCGCUGGACUUUGCUCCAGCCCUCAGACCCAAGUGAUCAUCACAAAGCAGAAAUUUGCUCCUGAAACUGUCCCUGUUGCCAUCAACAGCAGCGAUGCACACUGGAUACGGGCCGUCCUGCGGUCAUCAGAGAAGCCAUAUAUUGUUAAGUAUCCUGAAGACAAAGUACGUUAUGAGGGACAACGUGCAACCCUUUGCUGUAGAGCAACAGGAACACCUAAACCUGACAAAUAUUACUGGUACCACAAUGGAACCUUAUUGAACCGCACAAUAUUCAAGUACAAUGAAGAUUUGAAAUUGCGUGACCUGAAACCAGAGCAGUCGGGCCAAUAUCACUGCAAAGCAAGUAGUCUGACAGGCAGCAUUAAGUCUACUUCAGCCCUACUCACUGUUUUCGCUAAAGGAACACCAGCAUGCAACUCUACACCUGACAAUCACUUGAUCAAAUUGCCACAAGACUGCAGGCAAUUUGGAACAGACUCCAAGUUUUACAAUGCAGGUCGCUGUCCACACAACAAGUGCCCCGGGUCACUGGAUUUCGAUAUGCGCUGCAGAGAUGGAUCUGGCUACUGUUGUGGGGUCAAACAAAUGGAGGCCAGAGAGAUCAACUGUGGCCGGUACACCCUGCCUAUCAAGGUUGUGAGUGAAUGUGGCUGUCAGACCUGUGCAGAGCCCAAAGUUCUCAUACGGGGCAGGGUGGUUGCAACAGACAAUGAUGAACCCUUGCGCUUUGGACACAUUUACAUAGGCAAAGAGCGGAUAGGUACCACAGGAUAUCAGGGUGGCUUCACAAUUCAGGUGUCUCCAGACACGCUACGACUUGUGGUAAAUUUUGUGGACCCCUCUGAGAAAUUCAUUGAUACAGUCAAGGUAUUAACCUUUGACAAGAGAGGAGGUGCAGUCUAUCAUGACGUAAAAGUGAUGAGAAAGCAGGAACCUAUUGACAUCAAUGCUGGAGAAACCAACACCAUUUAUCUGGGUGAAAUAAAAGACGAGGAACCUAUUGGUCAACUGGUCAUACCUCCGAACUCUUUCCACAAAAACACAGGGGAAGUAUAUGAAGGGACCGUUAAGGCCAGCGUCACAUUCCUUGACCCCCGCAACAUCACCACGGCUCCCGCGGCCCCUGGUGAUCUCAACUUUGUAGAUGAUGAGGGAGAAAUGCUUCCUCUCAGGACCUAUGGAAUGUUUUCAGUAGAUUUCCGAGAUGAGGCAAACCAGGAGAUUCUAGGAGCUGGCGGAGUCCAAGUUCUCCUUGAUACGGAGCAUGUCAAAAUGCAGGAGCAUAUCCCUACAAUGAAACUCUGGUCCCUCAAUCCAGACACAGGCAUUUGGGAGGAAGAAAGUAACUUUCAGCCCACACAAACUUCCGUUGCUGGCAGUGGGAGGAACAAAAGAGAGGAGCGCACCUUCUUGAUAGGAAAUUUGGAAAUCAGGGAACGUAGGUUGUUCAACCUUGACGUACCUGAAAAUCGCCGCUGCUAUGUCAAGGUGCGGGCGUAUAUGAGUGACAAAUUCCUGCCCACUGAGCAACUAGAGGGGGUGGUAAUAAACUUGAUUAACCUGGAGCCCAAGGCUGGCUACUCGUCAAAUCCGAGGGCCUGGGGUCGCUUCGACAGUGUGAUAACAGGACCAAAUGGUGCUUGCCUGCCAGCCUUCUGCGAUGCUCAGAGGUCUGACGCAUACACUGCUUAUGUAACAGCUAUAAUGGGGGGUGAGGAACUAGAAGCAGCCCCCUCAACACCAAAAAUGAACCCAAACAUUAUUGGUGUCUCUCAGCCAUACUUGGGAAAGUUAGAUUACCAGCGCUCAGAUCAUGAUGAUCCGGCACUUAAAAAAACAGCUUUCCGAAUUAACUUAGCCAAACCAAACCCAAAUAAUUUUGAUGAAACAAAUGGACCAAUAUAUGCUUACCAGAGUUUAAUAGCAUGCGAAAAUGCACCUGUUGAUGCCAACCACUUCCGUUUCUUCCGGGUCGAAAAAGAUAAAUAUGAGUACAAUGUGGUACCAUUUCAGGAGAGUGACCUUACGUCAUGGACUGGGGACUACCUCUCCUGGUGGCCAAACCCACAGGAGUUCAGGGCUUGCUACAUCAAAAUUAAAAUUCAUGGAGCUUCAGAAGUCAUGGUAAGAUCGAGAAACCUUGGUGGCACUCAUCCUCAAACAAGAGGUCAGUUAUAUGGGAUUAGAGACAUUCGUAGCACCCGUGACAUGCACCAUCCAAACACCUCCGCUGCUUGUCUUGAGUUUAAGUGCAGCGGAAUGCUUUUUGAUCAAGGUAUGGUUGACAGGUCACUAAUUUCUGUCAUUCCACAAGGCAAUUGUCGUCGGAUAGGCAUCAACAGCCUUUUGCAAGAGUAUCUGAUAAAGCAUCCUCCUGUUGUUCAGAACAAUGAAUCUCACACGUUUAAUAUGCUAGCUCCUGUUGAUCCUCUCGGACACAAUUACGGAAUAUACACUGUCACAGACCAAAACCCACGAGUUGCUAAAGAGAUCGCCAUUGGCCGCUGCUUUGAUGGUACUUCAGAUGGUUUCUCCAGGGAGAUGAAGUCAGAUUCUGGAGUGGCACUGACUUUCAGUUGCCCCAAACGAACUGUGAAUCGUGAGAGUUUAUUCCAGCGCUUGCAAACAAAUCCUGGUCUAACACUAACACAGAUGGCCCGAGAGAUGAGGGAGUCCCAGGGAUUGCAAGUCAGAAGAGGGUCAACUCAAAUGGUGGCCUAUCCUUUUGGCCAACAGGGCAGGAGCCAGAACCGCAGAGCCACGAAUACUAACAGAAGAAGACCUACUACGAGGACACAACCAAGGCAGUAGAUCUUGCAUUAGGUCUUAUGGGGUUGAAGAGAAUGAAGAAAAAAGAAUCACAAAACCUGCAAUGGAAAUCCCAAAAUUGGCCAGCCUGGUUAUAUUGGAUGCUCUGUCCUAACUGAGCGAAAUCCUUACCUGAUAUGUCUUUAAUUAUUUACAAAUUCAUCUAAACUAACUGUAGUCUUCCACUGAUAUUAGACAAAAUGGGUGAGACAAGUCUGUAUGUGUUGAGGUCAGAUGUGAUGACUGCUAAUUUCUGCUUUUGUCAAUGACAUACGUAUGUGAGAGAACUCUGUGUGAUGCAAAGAACCAGACUCAAGGCAGAAAAGAUGCCCUUUCAUUCACACCUCCUUUUUCACAUUGCCAUUCCAGUUGUGAUUUGACAAAUCAUCAGUCUGACCAAAGCAUGACUGGCCCCAGCCAAGAAUAGCAUCCCUUAAUAGAAUGAAUCUCCAAGGUAGACUAAACAAACCUGUGGUGAGACAUAAAAAAUUAUACAAUGAUUUGCACUUUUCAUCGUUUUAACCAUUAUGGCUGGCCUAAUAAUAAGUUUUCUUUUUAUAUGAAAUCCUACGUAUAUAUCACAGUGAUUGAUGUCUCGUUCUUAGGGUAAACUAAUUGUAUAUUGUUUCUUGUGGGUCUCUGUCUGUCUCUUAAAGUGCAAUAUUGUGUUCCAAUGACUUGAGAGCCCUAACUAAAAUGUCCUAUGUUAUGAUCCAAACAACCAUAGGUCUGUUAAACAUUUUGGGCAUAUAAAAUCCCUCGGUGAGUAUAUAUUUACAUUUCAAAUUAAAUAGCACCUGUUUAUUACCUAGUGCUAGGGAAUGUGAGCAUAUGGCUAAGCAAAAGAUGGAUUGGAAAAGCCAUAAAAGCAACCACACAUGUUUAGCCAGCUGAAAAUGCAACAUCAUGCAGUUGCUGUAUUUUAACUCUCCCCGGAAAUAACUAUGGACAACAAUUACAAAAAAUCCAAUUGUGUCAUAGGUAGCAUUGCAAAUAGGAUUUCAUUAUGGUAAUUUGUCCCACACUAUGCUUUGAUUUAUCUAAUCCUUAACAUUUGAACCAAAACAGGCUAGAGAAGAAUUUUAAAGCAGCAAGUUAAUUGUGUUGAAGGAUUAGAAUGCAUAUUUUAACAGAUAAUGCUGCAAAUGUUUAUUGUCUGCGUAUCAAGAGAUGUACAGCUGGCCCAAUCUAAAUAAUCCAUCAUAUCAAAUAAUGAACUGGUGAGAAUAUACUAAAGAAACCAAGAGUGUCUUCAAGAAAAUAAUGCCAUAGAGUGUUUACACAAUAUACUAUAGCAACAUUUUCUCUAAAAUUCCAGUUUAGCGCAAUUUGUUAAGCAAAGUUGCUAAAUAUCCUAACACCUGACAUUAAAAUCUGAGGGAUUUAAGAGAUUACAAUAGUUAUGUAAAGAUGUGUCAUAAAUAGCAGUACCUAUUUCCUAUUAUAUGUAGUGUGUAGAAGAAACUAGAGGUCAUCCACAUUAUUUCGUUUAAAAUGUUAAACACAUUGCAAGCUUAAAAUGAUCAUGUUUUUUUCCCAGACAGUCUCACCUGUAAAUGAUGCUGAGUCAAACAUUUGUAACUUGAAGAAAUUUAUCUAAACUUUUGUAAUUUUGUAACAUAUCCAGUUAAAGCAACCUUUGGUCUUUCAUUAUAUCUAUGCUGUACCAUUCUAUUUUCAAAGGCAAGCUGGGAACAGGAAUAAAUAUGGUGCUAAAAAUUUGUUGGCCUCCAGUUAGCUUUUAAAAAACUGUCUGUCCUCUCUUCACUGUCUGGUUGGUCUCAGGGAGACUAUAACUUUUCCAGUAAUAUUCUCUGGCAAGAUGUGCAUUGAUAACUCUACCAUUUUCUUUGCUAUAAGCCGAGAGUUGAAUAGCUGCCUUUGUGCACUCGGACUCUUCAUGCUUGCUUCUUGAACGCAUUACAUAAAUCAAUUCCUGAAAAAUCCACGCAAAUAAUAAUGUAACUUAUAUUGCAUGAAAUUGCCCAUUUUGCAAUCUCAAAAGUCAGAUUUAUGUGUAAAUUGUGGAUUAAAAUGUAUGUCAGUUUUACCAGAAUGUAAAUAAAGAUAUCUUGUAAACAUGUUUUCUUGACAUUGGUCUUAUUACUUCGAAAAUAAUUACAAAGAUGUAACAUCAUACAAUAUAUUGAAAAACAUAUAAAAUUAGCAGAAAUUAUAUGCAGGCACCCAACACAGGCAUUAUAAAACAU